AUGGCCAUUACAAUGUGCAGGAUCACCUCACCCGAAAGCUACGAAACCCCACAGCAGUGCUGCCAUCUUUCACCCGCAAUACCCCGCUCCAUACACCUGGGCUUUUAUAUUCCUUCCAGCCCUGCAUAUCCGAAGCAGAUUGUUCGACGUUACCUCACGUCUCCCCAACUCGUGUUCGCCAUUUGA